AUGAGCGACACAACGGCGCAGAGUGAGAAGAGCAUGGAUACUAAACCUCCACAGCCUCAAGAACCUCCAUCCAGACCUGCCGGUGGACCAUCUCCCCCACCCAAUGGAGGCUCUUUGGCAUGGCUGAAUGUCUUGGGCAGUUUCAUGCUCUAUUUCAACACCUGGGGUAUCCUCAACACGUUCGGUGCUUACCAGACUUACUAUGAGUCUGGGGUGCUCUUCACUGCGAGUUCUUCUGAUAUUUCCUGGGUUGGCUCGAUCGCAGCCUUUAUGUUGCUGUUUGUGGGACUCUUUGUCGGCCCGAUUUACGACCGUGGCUUCCUCCGCACACUCCUUAUCGUGGGUGGUUUCAUGGUCGUCUUCGGGCAUAUGAUGCUCAGUCUCUGCAAGACCUUCUGGCAAGUUCUGCUCGCCCAAGGCUUCGUGGUCGGUAUCGGGACCGGCUGUCUUUUUGUGCCUUGCGUCGCUAUCAUCCCUCAGUACUUCAGCACCAAGAUGGGCAUGGCCAUGGGUAUCGCUGCCUCGGGCUCCGCCCUGGGAGGUGUUAUUUAUCCCGUCGUGCUGUAUCGACUGAUCAACGAGAUCGGCUUCCCUUGGGCUGUUCGCGUCAUUGGAUUCAUUGCGCUGGGAACCCUGCUGAUCCCCUUAUCUGUGAUGAAGCUCCGUGUCAAGCCCCCCAAGGUUCGCGCCAUCUUAGAUCCGACCGCGUUCACUGAUGCCGGCUACAUGACAUUCAUCCUCACCUCUCUCGUCGCCUACAUGGGCUUGUUCGUUAUCCUGUUCUACCUCUCCUACUACUCUGCCGCGGAGCACAUCACCGACGAAUCCCUCGCUUUUUACCUGGUCACCAUCUUCAACGCCGCAUCUGUGUUUGGCCGGACCAUCCCCAACAAGAUGGCCGACAAGAUGGGUCCCUUCAACCUUCUCGUACCGGCCUCCUUGAUCUCCGGUAUGCUGAUGCUGCUCAUGAUGGUUUGGUGCUCUGAUCGGCUUGCCGCCCAUGUGCUUGCCAUGCUCACCAAGGAUAAGUCGCGACUGGGCACUCGAAUUGGUAUGGGUUACGCUAUUAUUGCUCUGGGUGUCCUCAUCAGCGGCCCCAGCAGUGGCGCGAUCCUGCGGACCGGUGGUGACUCCCUUAACUGGCACAGCUUGUGGACCUUUGGUGGUGUACCGACUUGCGCUGCUGGUCUGUUGUACGCUGCAAUCCGUGUGGCCAAGUACGGCCCCAAGCUUGCGAUUAAGGCAUAG